GUUACAUUCAGAUAGUGGUGUGAUGAGGUGAACCAUUGUUAGAACUGAUUAUAUCAGAAUCAUAUAAAACGCAGGUGCAAAAAGUUUUCAAUAGUAGAACAAGUUACGAAGUUACCGGUGUCUGUGAAAAAAUGAAGUUUUAUUAUUUUGCUCUUUGCUUUCUGGCUGUCAUUGUGUACAGUCAUGCUAAAGACAAAGACUCAUCAGAGGGUCCGAAUAGCUAUGAAGAAUGUUUGGCUGAAAGUGGUAUAAAAGAAGAAGACAUAGAGAAGUUGGCAAACGCUAAAGUUCCCAAAUUAAGAUGCCUAAUGGCUUGCGUAUUUGAAAAAGAAGGAAUCUUGACUGAUAAGAAAAUUGACCUAGAGGCUUUGAAAGAAUCAAUGAUUGAAGACAUAGAAGGCAUUGACGAAAAAACGGCAACUGAAAUUGUAGAAAUUUGUACAAACUAUGCAAAGACUGCAAAGGAUAUUUGUGAUGAAACAAACAUCAUAGGUAUUUGCACAAAGGAGCAAUUCGAUGAAAGGAACAUCAAAAUAAAAAUGUAAAAUUUUGUGCACAUGUAUAAGAAGCUAAAAGCUUUUUAAAUAACAACAGUAUGUUAA